CCGAUAUUUAUGGUAUGUUGACCUCAAGUCAUGCACUCCACGUGCCGUAAAGAGGUAACACUGACGUGACCCGUUCACCGACCGAUGAAAUAGGGCUGUUCUCGUGAAAGUGAAGUAAUCGCUAUAACAAACAGCUGCUCUCUUUUUAGAGUAGGGAAAUAAUACUGCGGAAGCAGAUAAUGUUAUUCACAACGGGGGCCAGCUGGCCAGAGCCUGUUUCAUAGAAAGUGGUGCAGAAGCAUCAAUUCACAGUCACGUAACUUCGUUCGCCUUCCACCCAAAACGUCCCUCGCAGCAUAAACCUUAACAGUGAAUGAGCUUGCUAUGCCCUACAUUCCCGCCAAGCUCUUAUACACUUUCUUAUUUGCUUGUCAAGGAUCGGCUCCAGUAUACCUUGGGUUAUUUUAUUCCGAGCAACUUGGGCUAAAGCGGGACCAGAUAGGUCUUUUAGCAGCUAUAGGUAAGAUAAGAAAUUUGACAUACUGACUACCGACGGUGUGUGUACUAAUGGGCUUGGCAUUCAGCACCAUUCGUUUCAGCCAUAGCAUGCCCACUAUGGACGGCGGUUGCAGAUAAAACAAAAACCCAUCGGUAUAUAAUGUGCAUCAUACACACUUUGGCAACCAUC